GGCCUGUGACUGUGCACGGGAAGAGCGUUGCAGAUCUCCUGAUGAGAGGGCGCAGCUCUGUGUUUGCUGUGGAGCACAUCGUGGGUGUGCCCCAUGUCCACGUACCGAGAAGCCUCCUUGGAACGGACCUCUUUAUGACCAGGGCUCUCUGUAGCUCAGGACCCAGCCAGCCCAGAGAGAAAAGACCUGAGAAGGUGGACUUUGGGCUGUAUCACCGCCUCACAGCGCUGGGAAGAGCCCUGGGGCACAGUAUUCAGCUACAUGUGGCCUCCACAGCCAAGUCUUGCUGGGACAGAUAUGAAGAAUUUGUUGGACUCAACGAGGUUCGAGAGGCCCAGGGAAAUGUGACUGAGGCAGAGAAAGUGUUCAUGGUGGCUCGUGGGCUUGUCCGGGAGGCUCAGGGAGACUUGGAAGUUCAGCAGACCAAGCUGAAGGAAGUACGGGAUCACUUGGACCGAGUCUCCAGGGAGGACAGUCAGUAUCUGGAAUUGGCUACUCUGGAGCACAAGAUGCUGCAGGAAGAGAAGAGGCUUCGAACGGCCUAUCUGCGUGCAGAAGACUCUGAACGAGAGAAAUUUGCCCUCUUCUCUGCAGCUGUGCGGGAAAGUCAUGAGAAGGAACGCACUCGGGCUGAGAGGACUAAGAACUGGUCCCUCAUUGGAUCAGUCUUGGGGGCUCUGAUUGGGGUGGCCGGCUCCUCCUAUGUGAACCGAAUACGGCUACAGGAGUUGAAGGCCUUACUUCUGGAGGCCCAGAAGGGGCCUGUGAGCCUCCAGGAGGCCAUCCGAGAGCAGGCGUCCAGCUACUCCCUCCAGCAGAGGGACCUCCAUGACCUCAUGGUGGACCUGAGGGACCUGGUAUAUGCUGGGCCAGAGCAGAGCUCUAAAUCCCAGACAGGUACUUCCCGCACUCAAGUCAAAGGCACAGAUGUCCUUUCAGCUGCAUUGAAAGAACAGCUUAGCCAUUCCAGACAGGUCCAUUCAUGUCUCCAGGGUUUACGAGAGCAGCUUGACGGUCUAGAAAAGACUUGCAGCCAAAUGGCUGGGGUGGUUCAGCUUGCAAAGGUGGCAGCACAGCCAAGCCUUGUUGAACAGGCAGAUCGAGCUCCACCCAGCUCUUGGCUGGAGCAGGGGAGCAUGAUCUUGGCGCUGUCAGACAUGGAGCAGAGGCUGGAAGCCCAGGGGAACAGGAACACCAUCUACAGCACGCUGGUCACCUGUGUGACGCUUGUGGCCACGCUUCCUGUGUUCUACAUGCUCUUCAGGGCCAGCUAGUCCCUGGAUCCUUCUCCAGCGGGGCUGAGGGGUUAGGUGUAGAUAU